ACGUGCCCUUCGCUGUCAGUGCGGUGGAGUGAAAAAGUCAUAAAACCACCGUCUCCGUCGUCGUCGUCCGGAUUGCAUCCGACCAUCGGUCAGCAAAAAAGUGAUCUAAAAGAGAUUUAUCUCGAAUAUUAACGCCGGGUUUCGAGUUCUUGCCGCUGCUGGAAGUUUCUGGAUUCGGUUAACGUUGUUUGGUUGUACAGGAAAGUUUGGAAUCGAAGCCGAAACACGAUGGGAGAGAUUCGCGACUGGCGCCCCUUUAUUUAUGGUGGAGUGGCUUCAAUUACCGCUGAAUUUGGCACUUUUCCCAUCGAUACAACAAAGACGAGACUGCAAAUUCAAGGUCAGAAAAUCGACCAAUCUCACGCGGAACUCAAAUAUAGAGGCAUGACGGACGCUUUCGUGAAGAUUUCCAAACAGGAAGGCAUGAAGGCACUUUACUCUGGCAUUUGGCCCGCUGUGCUGCGGCAGGCGACGUACGGGACGAUCAAAUUUGGAACUUACUAUACGCUUAAGAAGGUGGCCAUCGAGAAGGGAUGGCUGGUGGACAAGUCGGGGAAUGAGAACGUUUGGUGUAAUGCCGGGUGUGCGACGAUUGCUGGAGCCGUUUCCAGCGCGAUUGCCAACCCGACGGAUGUGCUGAAGGUGCGCAUGCAGGUGCACGGGAAGGGCACCAACAACGCCGGCCUCGCAAGGUGCUUCAAGGAGAUUUACGUGCACGAAGGUGUACGAGGGUUGUGGAGGGGAGUUGGCCCUACGGCUCAACGAGCGGCUGUGAUAGCGGCAGUAGAACUGCCUGUAUAUGAUUUUUGUAAGUUGCAUUUGAUGGAGACAUUCGGCGAUCAAGUGGCCAAUCACUUUAUAUCGAGUUUCAUCGCGAGUUUGGGAAGCGCUGUUGCAUCGACUCCGAUCGAUGUGAUUAGAACGCGGCUGAUGAACCAAAGGAGGGUGCAGUUGCAGGUUCACAAUCUUGGUCCAGGAGGAGGCGGUGGUGGCGGCGGCCGAGGCGUUGCUGGAGGCGGUGGCUUAGCUGCUGUGGCCAAUCCUUCUUCACCAUCGGCCAAGAUCUACACCGGAAGCUUAGAUUGUGCCAUCCAAACGGUUCGGAACGAAGGUUUCCGAGCGCUGUACAAGGGCUUCAUACCGACGUGGGUAAGAAUGGGCCCGUGGAACAUUAUCUUCUUCAUCACCUACGAACAACUGAAGCAGAUGUACUAAAUGAGGCGCAGGCGGAACGAUGCUAUUUAGACUAGACAAACAAUUCUGCAAGAAUCACAUAGUUUUUAUGUGUGUGGAUUGCUUAUAGAACUUAAGACUAUUAGGACAAUGAAUCUUUAAGCACGGUAAGGUGAAAGUUCAAGCACAUUCACGCCCCUUACCAAAGUUAUUUAAAGUUUUUUUAAAGCUUUUUAGGCAAAGCUGCUGAUGAUUUUUUCCUAACAAUUUAUAUACCAAAGGUCUCAUUUCACUGAUUUCAAAUUUGAACAUUUGCAUUUGGCGUUUGCAUUUCAUAACCAUGCAUUUUCACUAACACAACAAUUCCACCUCAAAACCGGGUUGGAAUAUCUUUCGAAUCAUUUUUUAUCUCGUAAGUAUCGCCAUACGUAUUCUGCUAGGCAUUUUCUAUACACAUACAACACGUAUCUUCCAACCGAUAUGCAUCAAAAAAGUGUUAUCUACCAAAAAAUUGUUACAAGUACAAGUAUUGUGUUAUCGGAACUAAUUCACCCUUAUUCGGUUUAUCGAUUGUUAAUUCAGUUGAGUGGAACGAAUCGUAAUGAAACUUAUGAUAACUAUUGUCGCAUAUUCCAUGCAUCUUUGGAACUAAAUUAAAGAUGUAAGUCAACCUAAAACGACAAACCAGCAGUUAAACAACACACACAGAAACCUAUUAUCACCAAACUACAAAUGGUUAUCCUCCGUACGUGGUAUUUGUAUAAGUAGAUGUUAUUUCAAAUUUAUAUUUUGAACAUGCGAGAGCAGAAUAAAAGAGUUUUAGAACAAUCUA